AAAAUAUAUUAAUCUUGAAAAUAAAAAAUAAAAAUGCAGUUUAAAAAAGGGGCAACUUACAGCGAAGUUCCUCAACGUUAUUUUUAUCGAAUAGUUGUGAAAAUUGUCUAUUAAGUUUUUCUUGGUAGUCCUCUAGGUAUUUCUUUUUCUGGUUAUUUUUACUUUUUGACAGCAAAUGCUAGAAGCUCAACAUAGCAGACACAACGGCAAAAUUAAUCAGUUUAUGGUGUGUACUCCCAACCGGUAGUGUGACGUUAUGUUUUGUUCCGUUAUAUUAUGUGUCUUUUUCCGAAUUUAAAUUAAUAUGUUCUACUGUAAUUUUUUUCUGAAACAUCAUGCAAAAUUCUUAUGAUGCUGUUGAAAGCAAGUCCAUCUUUUGGAAAAAAAAUGAUAAAGUCCCGGGGAGACCAGUAUCUGCUGUUCAAAAUUUGCACUUGAUUAAUUAUUCGAAAAAUAACAGUCCAAAGAAAGAUUCAAAAUCUAAACAUCGGAAAACUUCUUCUUCCAGUUCAUUUCAGGAAUUUCAAGAUAGUACAGAAGAUGCAUGGGAUAUUGGAGAUGACGACUUUUGCCUUACUAUGGAUGUGUCCAUUCAUCCUAAAGUCGCUGAAUCCACAGCAAUGAAAGUCUUAAGUAAUCAUAGCAGAGGUACUUUAACUUUAACAAACAAUGAAGAUACCAUUUGUAAUGAUAUUACUUCUAAAAAUGCUUUGUCUGAUAGCCAUGAUGGCAGUUCUGAAAGCAGUAUUCUUGAUACUAAAACACCUGCAGUGCAGAGAACAGUGUCAAAAAAAGAUGAUUGCUUUCAAGAACUUGAUUCCCAUAGCAGUGGUGGGCAUCCUCAUGGUCCUGGAAUAGGAGUUCGUCAGACACAUAAUAAACAGCCAUCCCUUUUUAACUCUCAGAAUAUCUCACUUUCGAGUUCUGCUGGUUCAUCCGAAAGAGAAGCUGCAAGGCUCUUGAUGUUUGAAAAGCUACUAAACAGUCAAAACACUGAUUUAAAAGAGCUACGAAAAUUAAGCUGGUCUGGCAUUCCUGUUAAAGUUCGCCCAGUUACAUGGAAACUAUUAGCUGGUUAUUUGCCUACAUGUCUGGAAAGAAGAAAAUCUUUCUUACAACGAAGGAAAGAGGAAUACCAGUCUUUUAUUAGUCGAUAUUAUGAUAUUAGGAAUGAAGAUGUCCAUCACGAGACUUACCGUCAGAUCCACAUAGAUGUACCACGUAUGAGUCCACUUGUCCCAUUGUUCCAACAAGAGAUAGUUCAAAAGGCAUUUGAACGCAUAUUGUACAUAUUAGCAAUUCGACAUCCUGCAAGUGGGUAUGUUCAAGGAAUGAAUGAUCUCGUCACUCCUUUUUAUGUUGUUUUUCUCCAAGACUAUAUUCCACCAGAUGCAGAUGUUGAAAGCUACGAUGUAAGCAAGCUACCAUCAGAUUCUUUACAGCAAGUUGAAACUGACAGUUAUUGGUGCAUGGCAAAAUUGUUAGAUGGAAUACAAGAUAAUUAUACAUUUGCACAGCCAGGAAUUCAAAAGAAAGUGCAUAUGUUAAAGGAACUCAUUCAAAGGAUUGAUGCUCCUUUGCAUGCCCAUUUAAAAAAUCAUUCCAUUGAGUACCUUCAGUUCUCUUUUCGAUGGAUGAAUAAUCUUCUGAUGCGCGAGCUGCCUUUAAGUUGUACCAUAAGGUUAUGGGAUACUUACCUCUCUGAGCCUAAUGGUUUUAGUAACUUCCAUUUAUACGUUUGUGCAGCAUUUCUAAAAUACUGGUCUUCAAAAUUACGUGAAGAAACUGAUUUUCAGGGUCUAAUGUUAACUCUUCAGAAUCUUCCAACAUUACACUGGGGUGAUAAUGAAAUUAGUGUCCUUGUUGCCGAAGCUUAUAGACUGAAAUAUAUGUUUGAUGAUGCACCAAAUCAUCUGCAACCUAGAGACAAUUGAAUUUGAUUUCAGUUUGGAAGGAUUUAAAUGCUGAUAUGUUCAUAAAAAUGUGAAAUGUUUUUAUUAUAUGCACGUAAAACAAAUUUGUUUAUAUUGCAGAAUCUCUUUUUUAAAGAACUGUUUUAUUACAAUUGGAAAUUUAGAGCUAAAAAAUCUAUUAUCACAACAAACUGUUAUCAAACAUACUCAUGAUGUCAUGUUCUUUCAUAAAUAUUGUGAAAUAUAUAUAUAUAUUGUAUAGUUGUAUAUAAAAUAUUGAUCAUAUAAACAUUUAUUUGAAA